AUGAGCUCAAUUAAAGGCCCCGCCCCUUCGACUACAACUCUCGACGGUUCUCCAUUGCGCGUCGCUAUUGUACACUCUCGAUGGAACAAGACCGUCAUUGACGCUCUGUUGGCGGGCACACUCGCGAAGCUCAAGGCUCUCGGGGUGAAGGAGAGCAAUAUCGUUAUUCAGUCUGUCCCGGGUAGCUUCGAGCUCCCGCUUGCAUGCUCAAAGGUCGUCUCUGGAUCACAUGUGCAGGCAGGCGCGACGGCAACCGACCUUCUAGGAGGACUGAACUUUGGGGCCUCUAUGAGCUCGCCUCGCCCUUCCUCUCGCACUUCUACGCCUGCCCCGGCGGUCAUCUCGAUGCCCAGCCAACCAUUUGACGCGGUCAUCGCCAUUGGGGUGCUCAUCAAGGGCUCCACAAUGCAUUUCGAGUACAUCUGCGAGAGCGUCACUCAUGCGCUCAUGAGAGUUCAGCUAGACACUGGCGUCCCAGUCAUCUUUGGUGUAUUAACAGCUUUGACUGACGAUCAAGCACUGGAGAGAGCUGGCAUUGGAAGAGGAGAGAAUAAGGGCCACAACCAUGGCGAGGACUGGGCUGCGGCGGCUGUCGAGAUGGCUUCGCAUACGAGACGAUGGGCAGAGGGGAAAUUCUAA